GUUGGCCGCUAAACCUCCACGCAUAUGUUGGUCUGAGCGUAGUGUGCGUUUCUUUUAACCCUUCAGUUGAUUUUCAUUGAGAGGGAACACUGAACAGGGGUGAAAGUGCCUAGGGAACCAGCCACUCUGUUGCUGUCUUAUAUCUACAGUCCUGUGAAAGUAUCUAACUGUCAAUUUGUACCAUGUCGGCUCAAGUUAUUAGCGGCAAAGAAGUUUCUGCACAGGUGAGGGAGAGGCUGAAGAAGGAGGUGGAGGCCAUGAAAGCCCACGAUCCCAACUUUAGACCCGGGCUUGUGGUCUUACAGGUUGGGGACCGUGAUGAUUCCAAUCUGUACAUCAGCAUGAAGCUGAAGGCAGCCGCUGAGAUUGGAAUAAAUGCAACGCAUAUGAGGCUUCCCAAGACCGCAACUGAGGAAGAGGUUUUGCACAGUGUCACAGAGGUCAAUGAGAACUCCAGCAUCCACGGGCUCAUAGUGCAGCUGCCUAUGGACUCCGUCAACAAGAUCGACACAGAGAAAGUCACCAAUGCUGUAGCUCCUGAGAAGGAUGUGGAUGGGUUGACCAGUAUAAAUGCUGGGAAGCUCUCUCGGGGUGACCUGGGUGACUGCUUCCUUCCUUGCACUCCCAAUGGCUGCAUGGAGCUCAUCAAACAGACAGGUGUGUCCAUUGCGGGAAAGCGUGCCGUGGUGGUUGGGCGGAGUAAGAUUGUCGGCGCUCCAAUGCACGACCUCUUGCUGUGGAACCAUGCCACUGUCACCACCUGUCAUUCCAAAACUGCUGACCUGGCUGGAGAGAUCGGGAAGGCAGAUAUACUGGUGACUGGUAUUGGGAAACCAGAGAUCGUGAAAGGGGACUGGAUCAAGGAGGGAGCGGUGGUUAUUGAUUGUGGCAUCAACCACAUCCCAGACAGCACUAAGGCCAGUGGGAAGCGUGUUGUUGGGGACGUUCAUUAUGAGUCGGCUAAGCAGCGGGCGUCCUUCAUCACUCCUGUGCCCGGAGGUGUGGGGCCCAUGACCGUGGCCAUGCUCAUGCAGAACACAGUGCUGGGUGCCAGGCGUUUCCUUGAGAGCCACAAGCCCGGGAAGUGGAACAUCUCCUACACCAAGCUCAACCUGCAGAGGCCCGUGCCCAGUGACAUUGUGAUCUCACGCUCCGGUGUGCCCAAGCCCAUUGACCGGCUAGCCAAGGAGAUCGGGCUGCUGUCGGACGAGUUGGAGCUCUAUGGGAAGACCAAGGCCAAGGUCCAGCUGCAGACAAUCGAUCGCCUGAGGUCCCAGCCGGACGGCAAAUAUGUGGUGGUCACUGGGAUCACCCCCACGCCCCUUGGGGAGGGGAAGAGCACCACUACCAUAGGCCUGGUGCAGGCUCUGGGCGCUCACCUCAAGCUCAACGUGUUUGCGUGCGUCAGGCAGCCAUCUCAGGGGCCCACCUUUGGCAUUAAAGGUGGUGCUGCAGGAGGUGGCUACUCUCAGGUCAUUCCAAUGGAGGAGUUUAACCUCCAUCUCACUGGAGACAUUCACGCCAUCACCGCUGCUAACAAUCUGGUGGCAGCAGCUGUCGAAGCACGCAUGUUCCAUGAGGCCACCCAAACUGACAAGGCUCUGUACAACCGACUGGUGCCUUUGAGUGCAGGUCAGAGGACGUUCUCCCCCAUCCAGAUAAACAGACUAAAGAGACUGGGUAUUGAGAAGACUGACCCAACUACUUUGACUGAGGAGGAGAUCACACGAUUUGCUCGGCUGGACAUUGACCCUGAAUCUGUGACCUGGCAGAGAGUAUUGGACACCAAUGAUCGCUUCCUGAGAAAGAUAACUGUUGGAGAGUCAGCGACGGAGAAAGGACACACCAGAUCGUGCCAGUUUGACAUCACGGUGGCCAGUGAAAUCAUGGCGGUGCUGGCUCUGACCAGCAGCCUGGAGGACAUGCGGCAGCGUCUGGCCAAGAUGGUGGUCGCCUCCAGUCGCAGCGGAGGCCCCAUCACCACAGAGGACCUGGGUGUUAGUGGAGCUUUGACUGUCCUCAUGAGAGAUGCCAUCAAGCCCAACCUCAUGCAGACAUUGGAGGGCAACCCUGUGUUUGUGCAUGCUGGACCCUUUGCCAAUAUCGCCCAUGGAAACUCCUCCAUCUUGGCUGAUAAAAUUGCCUUGAAGCUUGUGGGACCAGAGGGCUUUGUGGUGACCGAGGCAGGUUUCGGCGCUGAUAUUGGCAUGGAGAAGUUCUUCAAUAUCAAGUGCCGUUACUCAGGGUUGCGGCCCCAUGUCGUGGUUCUGGUGGCCACAGUCCGCGCCCUCAAGAUGCACGGAGGAGGCCCAACGGUUACUGCCGGGAUGCCACUACCCAAGGAGUACUUGGAGGAGAACUUGGAGCUGUUGGAGAAGGGUUGCAGUAACAUGCAGAAGCAGGUGGAGAACGCCAGACACUUUGGAAUUCCCGUUGUUGUGGCUGUGAACGCUUUCAAGACUGACACAGGCGCUGAGCUGGACUUGAUCUGUAAACUGGCCAAAGAGGCCGGCGCGUUCGACGCAGUGCGCUGCACUCACUGGGCAGACGGGGGCGCUGGUGCGACGGCUCUGGGAGAGGCGGUGCAGAAAGCAUCAGAGGCACCCAGCAACUUCCGCUUCCUGUACGAUACAGAGCUGCCCAUUGCUGACAAGAUCCGGAUCAUUGCUCAGAAGAUAUACGGGGCAGACGACAUCGAACUUCUUCCCGAAGCACAACAGAAGGUGGAGCGCUACACCAGACAGGGGUUUGCCAAUUUGCCCAUGUGUAUGGCCAAAACUCACCUGUCGCUGUCCCAUGAGCCUGACAAGAAGGGUGUGCCCAAAGGGUUUAUUCUGCCAAUCAGAGACAUACGUGCCAGUGUAGGAGCAGGGUUCCUGUUCCCUUUGGUUGGCACGAUGCCAACAAUGCCAGGAUUGCCCACUCGUCCCUGCUUUUACGACAUUGACCUGGACCCAGUGACCGGAGAGGUCAACGGACUCUUCUAAGAGACACUAUUCAGGAGGUUUGUUGGACCCUUGCUCUGGAGCAUGCAGCAGGAGACACACACACACAUACACACACACACAUGCACACUUACACACCUUUUGUGUCAAGGAUGUCAAUCAGUCUGUUUCUUUUUCAGUCCGUCACUGUCUUUCUCUUAUUCAGUCAUACACGCGCACACACACUCUCACUCACUCACUUUGUGCCAAACAGGCUCUCUCGCUCCUUCCCCCAUUAUUAUUGGCAGCCCUGUUAUUAGCGUUCCUGUGAUGUAGAGACCAGACAUUGUACUUGAUGUCGCUGUAUGGAUUUUGACUUUUUUUUUUGUCUAACAAUCUGAGAGAAAAUGGACACUAAGCCCAUCUUGGUCACAUUCCCUCACGGCCUGUCGGCAUUCUGAAAGAAAAAAAAAAAACUGACAUUUAUGUCUGACAAUUCAAACUGAAUUUCAUGCCACUCUGAACUUUAGUCUCUCAGUACCACUUAUUGUACUAAAUGGACUGUAUAUUUGAACACAUUUCUAACCAUAUUUGUACUAAUUGUAAAUGCAUUUCACUGGAUUUAUCUAAAUAACUCUAUUAUACUGUGAACGAAUCUGCAACCUUGAUCAGUCACUAAUUGUAAUGUGAAAAUUGUAAUGACGGUGAAAAGUAAAUUUUCUCAUGAAA